UUGUUUAACCUCCGCUUCCCUAUCAUUUUCAUUAGCUGGUGUGGUCGACGAGCGACUCUUGCUGAACUGUUCUGUCUGCGAAUAAACACGUUUGAAGCUGCUUGAGAAGCAACGGAGGAAUGGAUUAGCUUCGUCGAGGAUUUAACUGCCAGAGAGUUUUGAACUUGUCCACGUCUGAUGGUCUGAUCAAGCGCUUGCGCCACUAGAAGGUACAGUACAGGACUGCAUGAACUUGGCGUCAUGAGGUUGUGCGGAUUCCGAAUUGGUCACGGAUUGGAGACGCUGCAGUGAGAGAUGGAACAUGCAAUUACUUUGACACGGUGCUUCGUGCUACCAUUUAUUGCUACCCAGAGCAGGGCAGGGUGUACUGCACUAGUUCCAAAUGCUCCUUCAGCUCCUGGUGUGGGUAGGAGUAGUGCCUCGAUCAGAUGCGAAGCCAUUUCGAAUUUUCUCCGGCUCCCGUGCAAAAGAAGUGCUAGUGGUCCUGCUCCUCUGCAAUCCCGAUCAAUCCAUCCAAUCUCUGGACCAUGCUGUUCUGCUUCUGCUUCUAGCAUCGUUGCGGAGGAGAAAAUUGAAUUUGAAGACAACAAGCAGCACACUAAUGAGGGAAUCAUGCAUGUUCUAUUUUUGAGUAAUGGACAUGGUGAAGACACCAUCGCCGUCUCUGUCCUUAAGGAGUUGAUGUUUGUUGCAGAAGAGAGAGGGAAGCAAGUCAAUGCGGUGGCUCUGCCUUUGGUUGGAGUGGGUUCUGCAUAUUCUCGAGACGGUAUAGAAAUAGUCGGCCCCUCUAAGAUUAUGCCAAGUGGCGGAUUUAUCUACAUGGAUGUACUACAGUUAUUUGGAGAUAUGCGUGCAGGAUUACUGUCUUUAACUAUUGAGCAGUGGCGGGCCAUUGUGCAAUGGUUGGAUAAUACCCCAUACUCCUUCAUUAUUGCGGUUGGAGAUAUCUUCCCCUUGGCUUUGGCUUGGCUUGCUUCGAUACACUCCAGAAGGAAUAACAAUAGAAUUCUCCAAUAUGCAUUCGUGGGGACUGCUAAAAGCGAGUUCUACAUCCAAGAUGAUCCCGAUGAUAUUAAAGCAACUCGAAAACGCUUUCAUGUUGAGUCACUACUUGGAGGAGUAUAUCUACCAUGGGAGCGUGCAAUCAUGGCCGAUGCUAACUGCAGGCUUGUAGCUCCGAGGGAUGGUUUUACUGCUGAAGUUCUGAAGAAGAACCUGCCCUCUUAUGCUCAGGCCAAGGUGUAUGAUCUCGGCAAUCCUAUGAUGGACGGCUUAGAACCGUCUGGAGCUUUAAAUUUCCUUGAAAAUUCCGAAGAUGGCCAUUUUGUGACCAUUCUUCCAGGUUCCAGGGCACCGGAGGUGUAUUCAAACUGGACCUUGCUCUUGAAAGCUUCAGACGAAGUAAUGUCUAAGCUUUACCCGAAAGUGGUGGUUUACAUUACGCCAAUAGUACCUUCUCUGGAACCCGGUCCGUUUUAUGAUUCUCUUGUGGAGGCUGGGUGGGAACCUUACUGGUCUCUUUCCGAGCAUCUGCAUUCCUGCCAUGCAGCGAAUGCUACUUGUGUUAAGGAACAUCGAAACAGAGCAGAGUUAUGGCCAGCCAACAAUGGCCUAUGCAUUUUACAAUUUCAUAAAGAUAAUGCUGUCAUGCUUUUGUUCCGUGGUGGCUUUAAUGAAGCGAGCCACUGGGCAGAGACUGCCAUGGCGAUGGCUGGCACGGGAACAGAGCAGUUGGUUGGAUUGGGAAAACCAGUGUUUACACUCCCUGGUGAUGGUCCGCAGUUCACGUAUGCCUUCGCUGAGGCGCAAUCAAGACUACUUGGAAAAUCUAUCUUUCUUUGCAGUGGCCCACAGUCGCUCGCCAUGAAGUUGUCCGAGGUGCUUGCUGAUAAAGCUUCUCUUACUGCGUUCGUCGAAAAUGGUCACAAGCGAAUGGGAAAUUCUGGAGGUAGUAGACGAAUAGCUGAACAUAUUUUUAAUAUUAUGCACAGAACUUUGACAUAACACGAACCUCAGUAUGAAGCGUUGAACUUCCAAAUCACGGUCCAUGUCUCAAGCAGGAUGAUGUAAAAUUGUCUUAACCGAGAAAUCACCCUGAAUUCAUGAACCACGAUCUCUUCCCGACCUACAGCUAAUACGCACACAGAAAUCAAAUGGUAUGUCUCGCUAUACGUACUCUGAGGAAACACUGGGUUGUAAAACACUGAAUUAUUCUUUUUGGAUGGACUGACA